GUGACAGUGAAGGCUGAGAGGUGGCAGGAGCUCCAUUUCAGAGGCCAUUUCCCCCUUGCACAAAAGAACUCCCAGAGCAAGAGCGAAAAACACCUGACAAACUGCAACCAUGAAUGGGACGGAAGGCCAAGACUUCUACAUCCCCAUGUCCAACAAGACCGGGGUGGUGCGGAGCCCCUUUGAGUACCCUCAGUAUUACCUGGCUGAGCCCUGGAAGUACUCGGUGCUGGCUGCCUACAUGUUCAUGUUGAUCCUGCUUGGUUUCCCCAUCAACUUUCUCACGCUCUAUGUCACCAUCCAGCACAAGAAGCUGCGGACACCUCUAAACUACAUCCUGCUGAACCUGGCAUUCGCCAACCUCUUCAUGGUAUUUGGAGGCUUCACAACCACCUUGUACACCUCCAUGCACGGGUACUUUGUCUUUGGAGUAACAGGGUGCUACAUCGAAGGCUUCUUUGCCACACUGGGUGGUGAAAUUGCUCUCUGGUCACUGGUGGUUCUGGCUAUCGAAAGAUACGUGGUGGUCUGCAAACCCAUGAGCAAUUUCCGCUUUGGGGAGAACCAUGCUGUCAUGGGCGUUGGCUUCUCCUGGAUCAUGGCCUUGGCGUGUGCUGCUCCCCCACUUUUUGGCUGGUCCAGGUACAUCCCCGAGGGCAUGCAGUGCUCCUGCGGGAUUGACUAUUACACUCUGAAGCCAGAGGUCAACAAUGAAUCUUUUGUCAUCUACAUGUUUGUGGUUCACUUCAUGAUCCCGCUGRCAAUCAUUUUCUUCUGCUAUGGGAACCUGGUUUGCACUGUCAAGGAGGCUGCAGCCCAGCAGCAGGAAUCUGCCACCACCCAGAAGGCAGAGAAAGAAGUGACUCGCAUGGUCAUCAUCAUGGUCAUCGCCUUCCUCAUCUGCUGGGUCCCCUAUGCCAGYGUUGCAUUCUACAUCUUUACCAACCAGGGAUCAGACUUCGGGCCCAUCUUCAUGACCAUCCCGGCGUUCUUUGCCAAGAGCUCUGCCAUCUACAACCCCGUGAUCUACAUCGUAAUGAACAAACAGUUCCGUAACUGCAUGAUCACAACCCUCUGCUGUGGCAAGAACCCACUGGGUGACGAGGACACGUCUGCUGGCAAGACAGAGACCUCGUCCGUGUCCACCAGCCAGGUCUCUCCUGCAUAGGCCCAGGGGAGCAGCCAGCCCAGCCCCUGGGACGCUGCCCUGGGAGCACCAACUUAGCCCCAUCGCCACCCCUGCUUCGCCGUGGCCAGGGUCCUGGGGGUGGGCUCCUCGCUCCUGGCACUAGGAACCCUGGGAACAAGGCUGAUAAUGUGUACACAUUUUGUAAUUAAAAUGCAAAGGCUUAGCUCCUCUGGUGUAAAUCCAUGCAUUUCUGUUGACUUGC